UGAUGCCGUCGCGCUCCGAUGACGUCAGCCCGGAAGUGUAGUGUGUCUGGAGAAUGUGCUGCUUGUUAUUGUUGAAUGAGACCUGGACCUGGUGCUUGUGAUUCCAGGCUCAGGAGCCGAGGGAUAUAUUUUCUUUCCCGGGAAUUCUAAUGGCUGCAGUCCAUACUUGGAAUCCUAAUCAGCCCAACACACAUACGAUCUCGGAGAAUUGACUGAAAUUAUUGGUAUAACACAUCAGGUUAUAUAGUUUAUUUUCACGAGGUUGUAAACAAGAUGAAUCGUCCCAAAGCAGCUGCAGUGCGCAGGCCAAGUGCCCAGGCCAAGUCAUCAGGUCAUCCACCUCCUGGAGAUUUUAUUGCUUUGGGAACCAAAGGCCAGAGCAGCGAGUCCAAAGCACCAACCAAUCUUUUGAAGCCCACAUCUUCUGGUUUAACCUCUGAACGGAAGAGAGAGGCUUCCUCAACCUUGUCUUCUACAUCAACACUGACUGGGCUCACUAAGCGCCCCAAACUUUCUUCUACUCCACCUCUUAGUGCCUUAGGACGACUGGCGGAAGCUGCUGUAGCAGAGAAACGAGCUAUCUCUCCGUCAAUAAAAGAACCAUCAGUUGUUCCAAUUGAAGUUCCUCCUGCUUCGCUACUGGAUGACAUAGAGGCUUCAGAAUCUGAUGGAAAUGAUGACCGAAUUGAAGGUGUUUUGUGUGGGGCAGUGAAGCAGUUAAAAAUGAACCGAGCCAAACCAGACCCCACUUUGUACUUAAGCUUGAUGUUCCUGGCAAAAAUAAAGCCCAAUAUUUUUGCCACUGAGGGUGUAAUCGAGGCUCUCUGUAGCUUGCUAAGACGAGAUGCCACCAUAAACUUCAAAGCCAAAGGAAACAGCCUGGUGUCUGUGUUGGCCUGUAACCUGCUCAUGGCAGCAUAUGAAGAAGAUGAGAACUGGCCGGAGAUUUUUGUGAAGGUCUACAUAGAAGACUCCUUAGGAGAGAGAAUCUGGGUAGAUAGCCCUCACUGCAAGACUUUUGUUGAUAAUAUCCAGACUGCAUUCUGCACUAAAAUGCCCCCAAAGAGCAUGGUCUUGCAUGGAGAGAUUGGAAAAACAGGGGGUGACCUCAGUGCCGGCAGCAGUCCUCACCCCUCCCUGACAGAGGAAGAAGACAGCCAAACUGAGCUUCUGAUUGCCGAGGAGAAGUUAAGCCCUGAAGAUGAGGGACAGAUCAUGCCUCGGUACGAUGACUUGGCAGAGGGUGUGGAGGAAUAUGUGCUGGACAUGCUGCGUGACCAGCUCAACCGUCGUCAGCCAAUGGAUAAUGUUUCCAGAAAUCUCCUUCGCUUGCUUACUGCCACUUGUGGCUACAAGGAGGUGCGGCUCAUGGCCGUGCAGAGACUGGAAAUGUGGCUGCAGAAUCCGAAGCUCACGCGUCCAGCUCAGGAUUUGCUAAUGUCUGUAUGCAUGAACUGUAACACUCAUGGGUCCGAGGACAUGGAAGUGAUUUCCAACCUAAUUAAGAUCAGACUGAAACCAAAGGUUCUACUCAAUCACUACAUGCUGUGUGUUCGUGAACUGCUGAAUGCUCACCGAGAUAAUCUAGGCACCAUGGUGAAGUUUGUGAUUUUUAAUGAGCUUUCCAAUGCCCGGAAUCCAAACAACAUGCAGAUCCUGUACACAGUGUUACAGCACAGCUCUGAGCUGGCACCAAAGUUUUUAGCCAUGGUUUUCCAAGACCUCCUUACAAACAAAGACGAUUAUCUCAGAGCAUCUCGGGCGUUACUUCGAGAGAUCAUCAAACAGACAAAGCACGAGAUCAAUUUCCAGGCUUUCUGCCUUGGACUAAUGCAGGAGAGGAAAGAAGCUCCAUUCACAGACAUGGAGUUUAAGGAGCGCUUCGUGAUGCACAUAACUGACCUACUGGCUGUUUCCAUGAUGUUGGGAAUUACAGCUCAGGUGAAGGAGGCUGGCGUUGCGUGGGACAAAGGAGAAAAAAAAAGUUUGGAUCUCCUGCGCUCUUUUCAGAACCAGAUUGCCGCGAUCCAAAGAGAUGCAGUGUGGUGGCUUCAUACUGUGGUUCCAUCGAUCAGCAAGUUGUCCCCUAAGGAUUAUGUGCAUUGCCUGCACAAAGUACUCUUUACUGAGCAACCAGAAACAUACUACAAAUGGGACAACUGGCCACCAGAAAGCGAUCGCAAUUUUUUCCUUAGGCUCUGUUCGGAAGUGCCACUCCUAGAGGACACAUUGAUGCGCAUUCUCGUCAUUGGCCUAUCACGUGAUCUUCCACUGGGUCCUGCUGACGCCAUGGAACUUGCUGAUCACCUGGUGAAGAGAGCAGCUGGCGUGCAUGCUGAUGACUUCGAUGUGGUUAAAAUAGAGCGGAUACAGCUUAUUGAUGCUGUACUAAAUCUUUGCACCUACCAUCAUCCUGAGAAUAUCCAGCUACCCCCAGGGUAUCAGCCUCCAAAUCUUGCCAUAUCAACGCUCCUCUGGAAAGCAUGGCCACUCUUACUUGUUGUUGCUGCAUUUAAUCCAGAAAACAUUGGUCUGGCUGCGUGGGAUGAAUACCCUACCUUGAAGAUGUUAAUGGAAAUGGUGAUGACCAAUAAUUAUUCCUAUCCACCUUGCACUGUGUCGGACGAAGAAACAAGGACUGAGUUAAUCAACCGUGAGCUUCAAAUCUCUCAGCGUGAGAAGCAAGAAAUUCUAGCAUUUGAGAGCCACCUUGCUGCUGCCUCCACCAAGCAAACAAUAACUGAGAGUAAUAGCUUGCUGCUAUCCCAGCUGACCAGCUUGGACGCCCAAGGUCCUCCUCGGCGCCCUCCACCUCAGGCCAUAGAGCAAAUCAAAUCCUUGAAUCAAUCCUUGCAUCUUGGUCAGCUCCUGUGCCGCAGCCGUAGUCCUGACUUCCUACUCAACAUCAUUCAAAGACAGGCUUCUUCUCAGUCAAUGCCCUGGCUUGCUGACUUGGUACAGUCCAGUGAGGGCUCCUUGGACGUGCUGCCUGUGCAGUGCCUGUGUGAGUUCUUGUUGCACGACGCUGCUGAUGAAUCUGGCGCAGGGGAAGAUGAUGAGGAAAACGAAAGCAAAGAGCAGAAAGUAAAAAAACAUCAGAGGCUACAGAAACAAAGGCAGCUUCUCAGACGCCUGCAGGAUUUACUGCUGGGCCCUAAAGCAGACGAGCAGACGACUUGUGAAGUUCUUGACUACUUCCUGCGCCGUCUCAGUUCUCCCCAAGUCGCUUCCCGUGUGCUUGCAAUGAAGGGUCUGUCCAUGGUGCUUUCGGAAGAAGGGCUGCGUGAUGGAGAGGAGAAGGAACAACCCAUGAAUGAAGACUCUGGGGACUCUGAACUAAUGCAGGGCUACCAGUGGCUACUUAGAGAUUUGCCCAGUCUUCCACUAUUCCACAGUGUUAAAGGAAAUACAGCCGCAGCUUUGCAACAGGCAAUUCACAUGGAGACAGAUCUACAGACAAUCAGUGCUUAUUUAGUAUACCUUUCCCAGCAUGCUCCAAUUGAAGAUCAAGGUCAGCACAAUGAACUCUCUCUGGACGUGGCUCGUCUCACAGUAGAACGUUCCACUCUAAUGACCCACCUUUUCUCCAAGAUCUCUUACUGCUCAGAAUCUAACGCUGUCCUCUCUGCUCUGCUUUCCAUCUUCUUUUGCUAUGUUAGGCGUAUGCGGAAAACCAAAGAAGGGGAUGAAGUGUAUAGUUGGUCUGAAUCUCAAGAUCAGGUUUUUUUACGUUGGACCAGUGGGGAAACUGCCACUAUGCACAUUCUUGUUGUCCAUGCCAUGGUCAUUCUGUUGACUCUUGGACCUCCUCGUGGUGAAAAUGAUUUCUAUCCUUUGCUUGACAUUUGGUUUCCUGAGAAGAAGCCCCUUCCUACAGCUUUUUUGGUGGACACUUCAGAGGAGGCUUUGCUUCUUCCUGAUUGGUUAAAGUUGCGAAUGAUUCGCUCAGAAGUUCCACGUCUUGUAGAUGCUGCCUUGCAAGAUCUGGAGCCUCAGCAACUGUUGCUUUUCGUCCAGUCUUUUGGGAUUCCAGUGUCCAGUAUGAGUAAGCUCCUGCAGUACCUGGACCAGGCGGUGUCUCAUGAACCCCAGGCCCUGGAGCAGAAUAUAAUGGACAAGAAUUAUAUGGCUCACCUGGUGGAGGUUCAACACGAGAGAGGAGCAACUGGAGGCCAGACCUUCCACACCCUGCUGUCUGCUUCAAUAUCAAACCGACGAGAAAGCACAGACUCCGUGAAAAGAAAGCCCGUCCCUGAAAGUCCCCCGGGGCAGGUACGAGCAAGAGCACUGACUCAAAUCCCUGUUCUGGGUCCUGAAGAUGAUCUGGCUGGAAUGUUCCUGCAGCUUUUCCCAUUAAACCCAGAUCCACGGUGGCAGAACAACAACCCUCGACCUAUCUCUUUGGCUCUGCAGCAAGCUCUGGGUCAGGAGCUGGCUCGUAUUCGUCAGGCUAACACCCAGCUGACUGGCAUUGCAGUGCGUUUGCUCCAAGCAGUGGCAGCAUUGCUAAGUUCUCCACACAGCGGAGCUUUGGUCUUGGCUAUGCAUAGGAAUCAUUUCAUCUCUUGCCCUUUGAUGCGUCUACUCUAUCAGUACCAACGCUGCGUCCCCCAGGAUACAGCCUUCUCCUCACUGUUUUUCAAAGUCCUGAUGCAGAUGUUGCAGUGGUUAGACACUCCUGGUGUAGAGGAUGGACCCCUUCGUGCGCAACUGAAAUCCUUUGCCUCUCAGUACUCUUCAAAGCACAGGAUCAGUGACGUACGUGGGGGAUUUUUGCACCUAGCAGAGGCACUUGCAUUCUGCCGUGAACCCGAUGUGAUAAACUCCACACUCCGUGCCAUAAUUACCACUCUGAAAUCUGGAGACAAGUGUAAUGUGGAACCCGAACUGAUCAGCAAAGUUCUUCAAGGACUGAUUGAAACAAAAUCUCCCUAUUUGGAAGAGUUUUUAGCCAUUCUACUAUCAGUAAACAUUGAAACAACAUCGCGUUUUACGGCUACUGGCCCUGUGGCCAUCGUGUGCUCUCUCCUUCUACAAGAGAGAGAGGAGGCGCCUGUGAAAAAAGGAAGUGAAAGCUGCAGCUCAGAAACAACCCGCUCAAGAACUUCUUCAGGUCUUCUCAUUGACUGGUUGGAUCUGUUAGACCCAGAAGUUAUUAGUAGUUGUCCAGAUCUGCAGCAGAGACUUCUGUUUUCAAGUAGCAAGGUGAAAGUUUCCCCAGGCUCUCAAGCUCCUUCUUUCCGUCCGUACCUUUUGGCUCUGUUAACCCAUCAAUCCAACUGGGAUACGAUACAUCAGUGCAUCGGGAUCUUAUUAAGUAAACAGCGGGAGCAACGGUUGGACCCAUCAGCUUCUUUGGACUUUUUGUGGGCAUGCAUCCAUAUUCCCCGGAUCUGGCAGGGAAGGGACCAGCACACGCCACAGAAAAGGCGAGAUGAAUUUGUUCUGCAGCUAAAGCCAUCAGAACUGAUUUGCCUUGUGGAUUUGAUUAUCUCGGAGUCAGAAACCAAGAGUCAGGAGCCAGAGGAGACUUCUUGUCAUCUGAUUCAAUCACGCCUUCCACUUUUAAUCAACUUUUGCCAUGGAAACCAAGAAAGCAUCAAGAAGGUCAUGGAGCAUUUGAUCAAUUGUAUAAAACAAUGGGGGAAUAGUCCUUUAGGGAAACCAUGCCGGGACCUUCUCCUGCAGCUUUAUCUACAACUGCCAGAAUCGAUUGUUUUAGUGCCUGAAAUCUUGCAGUCCGGUGAGGGAGCCACUGGCAGCAGUACCUGCAAGAUGGAUGGUCUUAUACACCGUUUCAUUACCCUCUUAGCGGAUACCAGCGAAUGCAAGGAGAGUCGGAUGUCCGAUGCCAAUAUGGCUUGUCGCAAGCUUUCCGUGGCACAUCCUGUCCUACUCCUCAGGCACUUGCCCAUGAUUGCCGCCCUGCUCCAUGGACGGGUACACCUGAACUUCCACGAGUUUCGGCAGCAGAACCAUCUGACUUUCUUCGCUCAUAUACUGGGCAUCCUUGAAUUGCUACAGCCUCAGAUAUUCCACAGCGAGCAUCAGGAAGCCUUGUGGGACUGUCUCCUCUCAUUCAUCAAGCUUUUGCAGAAUUACAGGAAAUACUCCAGGCAGCUAGCGGGAUUCAUCAGCAAGUUUGUGCAGUUUAUCCACAAGUACAUCACAUGUGCGGCUCAAACAGCGGUGUCAUUUCUGCAGAAACACGCAGAUCCCUUACACGGUUUGUCAUCCGAGAACUCUGAUCUGGCGAUGCUGAAAUCCCUCUUAGCCGGUCUGAGCCUGCCCGGUAAAGGUGGAGAGUUGGAGAAGAGUCCUGAUGAGGACAAAGAAGAUGAGCCAGCAGCGGGCUCCCUCCCACUGGUCAGUGUAUCUUUCUUUACGCCUAUUACUGCCGCUGAAAUAGCGCCUUACCUGAAAAGAAUAUCCAGAAGUCAAAGUGUAGAAGAUAUCCUGCAGGUUCUGAGUGACAUAGAUGAAAUGUCCAAACGGCGUCCUGAAAUCCUGUCUUUCUUUGCAAGUGAUUUUCAGCGGCUCAUGAGUUCCACGGAGGAAUCCUGUCGCAAUUUGGCGUUCAACUUGGCUUUGCGGUCUAUCCAGUGUAAUCCCAGCAUUGCCUCGGACUACCUGCCUACGUUUAUGUAUUGUCUGGGCAGCAGAGACUUUGAAGUGGUUCAGACAGCAUUAAGAAACCUGCCUGAGUACACCCUUCUCUGUCCAGAGCAUGCCGCUGUACUUCUUCACAGAGCCUUUCUUGUUGGCAUGUAUGGUCAAAUGGACACCAGUCCCCAGAUCUCUGAAGCCUUAAAGGUCAUACACAUGGAGGCCAUGAUUUAAGAGUAUAAGGUUUAUUGGAGAGAACAGGACUUUUCAGACAUAAGCUUACCAUUGGGUGCUUUCAUGCAUUCGAAGGAUUACAAGACAAAAGCAUUGUCCAAUCCAGUUUAUAGUUUCAGUUAGUAAUG